AUGUCGAGCAGUACCGAGUCAACAAAAACAACCUUCGCGCAAAAAGCAUUCUUUAGACAACCCUUUUAUGCCAAAGAUGGCAAAACCAGAUUACCCCAUUACGUCGCCCAUCGCGGCUUCAAUCGUGUUUAUCCAGAGAAUACUCUGAGCGCAUUCCAGGCUGCGAUCGAUGUUGGUUGUCAGGGUAUUGAGACGGAUGUGCAGAUUUCCAAAGAUGGGGUUGUUGUUAUUUCACAUGAUGCAACGCUUAAUCGCUGUUUUGGAAUUGAUAAAAAGAUUAAUGAAUGUGAUUGGGAGUACCUCAGUACGCUCCGGACGAUACGUGAGCCUCGAGAAAAGAUGCUUCGGUUAAGUGACCUUCUGGAAUUUAUCAGCGCCGAGGGCAGGGAUCAUAUUUGGGUUUUGCUUGAUAUCAAGAGAAAUAAUCCUGCCAAUGUAAUCCUUCCGAAAAUCGCAGAGACUCUCAAGUCUGGUCCGUACUCAUCACAGCCAUGGAAUUUGAGAAUCGUAUUAGGAUGCUGGACUCCCACCUACUUCCCCAUCUGCAAAGAAUACCUCCCAGCCUUCCAACCCGCGGUAAUCGGCUUCAACAUCGUGGCUGCCAGAAAAGUCCUCCGCACCUUACCAGAAGUCUUAUUCAACAUCCACUUCAAAUCCGUCAAAGGCCCACUAGGCUAUGAUUUUAUUGACGCCGUACACAAACACAGAGACCCCGACAGUGACAACAACGAACCCCGGCUCAUCUUCGGCUGGACCAUAAAUGCUCCCCGGGACAUCCGCUGGGCGAUUCGCCACGGCUUUGAUGCCGUUUUAACCGAUGAUCCGGCUACAUGUAAACAAAUUAGCGAUGUAUGGGAUGACGCGUACUCUCAAAAGUACGAGCGAGAAGACAAUAAAGUCACGGUUGGAGAGAGGGUGUAUUUAACGCUUUGGGGGUUGUGGUUUGUGUUUUUCGGCUGGGUUUUCCCGCUGUUGUAUCCUUAUUUACAGCGGUUUUUGGUGGAGAGGCCGGCUGUGAAGAGUAACAUUAGAGGCAGCUCGGAAAGGACUUGACAUUGGCCUAAGAAUGAAGGUUUUGUUGUGUAUAUAUUUUUUAUUGAUGCUUACGGUGUACAUAGUGUGAGCAAACGCUAGCGAUCGAGG